AUGUUUAAGAAGAAAACAAUUGAUUCAUUUUUCAAGAGGAAAGAUAGAAAUGAUGAAGAAACUAGUGUUGAAAAUGUUGAUCAACAACAACCAUCUUCAUCUGAAAUACCAAUCUUGGAGUUGGAGCAACAUGUCCAACCACCUUCCAAAUUUAUCAAGAUUGGAGUAACCGGACAAGAAAAGGUUAAUAUUGAUGCUUUAAUCCGUGAUCCUGGAAAACGCCAACAAAUUUGGGAUUAUCCUAUUAAUCAACAAGAUGAAAUUCAUAGGGCAUAUAUGAAGUUUGGGCCUUACCAAUUUAUAAUGGAUGUAUAUCCACUUUCAGCCAAGAUGAUCAUCCUCAGUCGAUUUCAAGCUCAUUGGUUUAAAAGUAUUUCCUUGGUUAGAGUAUUAGCGGAAGAAGAUGCUGCUUUUUGCUUUCCAUGUUAUUUGUUCUCUAAAAGGUCGAGCUCAUUCACUUCAAAGGGAUUUAGAAAUUGGAAAAAAGUGAAUAGUGGGAAAGAUUGUGCAUUUCUAUCUCAUGUGGGAAAGAGUCCUAAUUCUCCUCACAAUAUUGCCAUUAAAUGCUUUGAAGAUUUGAAGAAUCAAUCAUGUCAUAUUGACAAAGUAUUGGUUAAACAAACCUCACAACAAAUUUUGAGUAAUUGCCUACGCCUUAAAGCCUCUAUAGAUGUUGUUAGAUGGUUGACAUUUCAGGCGUGUGCUUUUAGAGGGCAUGAUGAAAGCUUGGGAUCAAAGAACCGAGGUAAUUUUCUUGAAAUGAUAAAGCUUUUGGCUUCUUAUAAUAAAGAAGUAGAUGAAGUUGUCUUAGAGAAUGCCCCUCAAAAUGCAAGAUGCACUUCACCUACUAUUCAAAAAGAAAUUUUACAUGUCUUUGCUAGAAAGGUGCAAAGGGAAAUUCGAGAAGAGAUUAGUGAUGCAAAAUAUUGUUUGAUUGUUGAUGAAGCUCGAGAUGAAUCUAGAAGAGAACAAAUGGCUCUUGUUAUUAGAUUUGUUGAUAAGCAUGGAUUUGUCAAGGAGCGUUUUCUUGAUAUAGUACAUGUUAAAGAUACUACUGCACUCACUCUUAAGCAAGAGAUUUGUUCAGUGUUGUCUCAUCAUAAUCUUAACAUUCAAAAUAUUCGAGGCCAAGGAUAUGAUGGAGCUAGUAAUAUGCGUGGAGAGUGGAAUGGUUUACAAGCUUUAAUUCUUCAAGAAUGUCCUUACGCAUAUUAUGUUCAUUGUCUAGCUCAUCAAUUACAACUAGCUCUUGUUGUCGCAUGA